CUAGAUAACUUUCACAAUCCUGAUGUGGCGUAUGUCGUAAACAGUUUGUCAACGCAUGUCAUUGCCACCGUUAUGUUGGUUUUGCUCUUUGCUUUCAAGGUAUACUUCUUGAAAAAAUACAAUGUAAAUCAAAGAAGGCGUUCUCGGGGUAGUUCGUCUAUAGCCACAACGAUGACGGAUCUUCGUAAAUCACCAUUUCAUCUCAACCGUUUGGAGGACGGUACUUUGGUGUGCGAAAACGAUGAAGAGAAAAGCCGCGAGGGUCUGGAAACUGAGAAUAUACAACUGAGGGAGGAAAUACGUGAUUUGACUGCGAAACUUGCAGCAUGUGAAUACAAACAACAACGAGAGCAGAGACGACAACAAGGAAGUCCACAAGAAAACAGCUACAUUUCCACGAGUAGCGAGACUCGUCACUCCAGAUUCAACAGCGAGACGGAGAGCGCUCAGGGUCGAGAGUCGGAAUCUCCCGAUAAAAUUGGUCAAAAGGUGUCGAACGUUGCCGACAGCUUGACAAGCAACGGUAGCGUGUUCACCCGCGAGGAAAGAGGUGGAAGUUUAAUAGAAGAUAUUAAAAACGCUGAUCGUUUUAUCGCCCUACCAAACGGUAGUAGCGUUUCCGAUGAAGAAACUUUAACGGUCAUGUCAAACGUUUCUGUUGAAUCCUCGUGAUAUUGAAAAGAUUCUUGGAGGAAUAUGGCCGUGUGUUCUACUGAAGAGAAUAUUUAUGGAUCCUGUUUCAGGAAAGAUGAGAUUUGACAAUGAACUGUGGUACAACUUGACUACCACGAAGAUGUUUCCACAUAAAGAUUAACUCCUACGAGAAGAAAGUUAAUUAUAAACGAUCGAAUCGACUUACUAAACCUUUCCCACAAUAAAUAUUCAAACGCAAAAAACGACAUGCAUUUCGUUAAGAAAAUGUGAAACAUUUUAUGCUUAUCUCUGAUUUUAUGACGUUUUUCGUCGCUAAUGACGUAAUUUGACGCUAUGACGUAAUUUGAUCGCAGUCAAGUCUGUACUUAUACACUUUACACAAUGAGCAUUGCAAUAAAUAUUUUACAUGAAGUACGCAGGGACAUAAGCGAGGCUAAUCGAAAUCUUUACACCUGCAUGGCAAAUUUUUUAGCAAAAUUAUUCGGAAUUAUUUCGAUUGUUUUUGCAGUUAAUGAACACAAAAAUAUUUGCAUAGCAGGAAUAAUGUCGAUAUUACACAGCGCUAUAGAUUUUAUUUAAUUUAAAUUAAUGUCGUUCGUAAAAAGCCAAAACAUUAAAUUUGUAAUAUAGAGAAAAUAGAUUUAAUUAAGUGAAAAAAAAAGAUAAAAAGUUUAA